GAGCAGGGUAUGCAAAUGAGGCGGCGCGGGUUGGCCGGGCGGGCGGGGCAGCGCUCGCGGGGCGCCUUUGUCCGGCACAGGCGGCGGGGCCGGAGCGGCCGGAGCGCGGCCGAGCCCUGCCCGCUGUCCCUGCCCAGUGCCCGCUGCCCCUGUGCCCGUGUCCGGCCGAGCCCCGUCCGGCCCUGUCCCCGCGCCCUCGUCCCCGUGAUGACUCUGGAGGAGCUGCCCGGGGAGCGCCGCGCCGCCGGGAGGAUGGAGCAGGCGGGGGACGCGCUCGAGGAGGUGCUGAGCAAGGCGCUGAGCCAGCGGAGCCUCACCCUCGGCGUCUACGAGGCGGCCAAGCUGCUCAACGUGGACCCCGAUAACGUGGUGCUGUGCCUGCUGGCGGCCGAGGAGGAGGAGGCGGGGGACGCGGCGCUGCAGAUCCACUUCACUCUGCUGCGGGCCUUCUGUUGCGAGAACGACAUCAACAUCCUGCGCGUCAGCAACCCGGCGCGCCUGGCGCAGCUGCUGCUGCCCGCCGCGGGCCCCGACCCGCCCGCCGACCUGCACUGCGUGCUCGUCACGAACCCGCAGGCGUCGCAGUGGAAGGACCCGGCGCUGAGCCAGCUGAUGUGCUUCUGCCGGGAGAGCCGCUACCUGGACCAGUGGGUGCCGGUGAUCAACCUGCCCGAGCGGUGACCCCCAGAGCCGCCCGACCCUCGCAGUUGCUCAGGAAGGAACUCCCUGCCCCGGCUCCAGCGCUCCGCGGGGAGGGAGGCAAAAAUUAAACCCGACAACGACAAACAAAAAGAUAGAUUUGAAAUGAUAAAGCUAAAAGUGAUGUCGUGGGGGGAGGUGUGGGGCUGGAGCAGAGAUAAAAAAACAGGGAUGAGCCCAGCCCGGCGUGCCCAGGGUGCCCUCCCGAGAACUGCCCUCACUCUUUCUGUCCUUAAGUGCCACUUAAAGUUCCUGCUUUGAACACCUUAACGAGCAAACAAGGUUAAUCGAGGCCUUUUGCCAGCAAUGUUGUAUUUUUGGGAUGUUAAUUCUCACGUUUUUAUGCUAAGAUAUAUAAUAAUAAUAAUAAGUUAUUUUCUGAUAUUGAUGGAAAAAUUAUUUAUACUUGGAGGUUUGAGAACCGAAACGCCCUCAAGCAGUUGCUCUGCAACCACAAAUCUCCCAGCUGGCUGCAAAAGCAGCGCCAUUAAUAUAAUUGUUUGAAAUUCGAGUGUUUUUUCGGGUUAUGGUGUUCUUGUUUCGUGUUUUCUUUUUUUUUUUUUUUUGAAAUAAAGUGUAAAAUCAAA